AGUCAACAGGCCUGCAAGGCGCGCACACGCAACAUCACUACGACGGGAUAACAACAACAAACGCACUGUGGACACUCUGACUACUUUUCCCACUGGAAAAAAAACCUUUUUAGAAACAUACUUUUUAUUAUUAUUGUUAAUAAUAAUAACAGAUUUGUUUUACCGGUUUGGGAUGUGACUUUCAGUGUAGACUUUGCGCCCAGGCGGACUUUUCCCGGACACAUUUCUCUCUCUCAUUCGCUCCCAUUUUUAAAGGCGAAGUUGUGACUUUUUGAGGUUUGACAGUUUCGUCACAUUUACAUGACAUUGUAACACUCGGCUCCGUCACCUCUCGACCAUGGCGGAAGCGGCCCAGCAACAGCCACACCUGGUGGAAAUCGACCCGGAUUUCGAGCCCCUGUCGCGGCCCCGCUCGUGCACUUGGCCUUUGCCCCGGCCGGAGUUCAUCAACCCUGGCGACUCCAACACGUCCUCUCCGGUGCCGUCUGUGAAGCAGGAGCCCACCGGCAACGAGUUCAUCAACAACCUCAGCCUGCUGGAGGAGACCGACGACUUCACGGAGCAGAAGCCCGGCAUCCUGUGCACCGACUUCCAGUGUCAGGAGAACUGCGUCCACCAGCAACAUCCACAGCAGCAGCAACAUCAGCAACAACAGCAACAACAUCAGCAGCAUCAGCAGCAGCACCAGAACCCGCAACUCCCGCAUCAACCGCAGCAGCAGCAGCAGCAGGUGCCUCUGCUCUCCUCUCCGGUCGGCUCGUCGUCCUCCUCGGCCGCCGCGGCCGCAGCUGCCGCCGCUGCCCAGAGGAAGAGCAGCUCCUCCCGGCGCAACGCAUGGGGGAAUAUGUCAUAUGCAGACCUCAACCAAGCUAUCGAAAGUUCUCCCGAGACCCGACUAACUCUGUCUCAGAUUUACGACUGGAUGGUGAAGAGUGUGCCUUAUUUCAAGGACAAAGGAGACAGCAACAGCUCUGCAGGCUGGAAGAACUCCAUCAGACACAACCUGUCGCUGCACAGCCGCUUUAUUCGCGUCCAGAAUGAGGGGACGGGGAAGAGCUCGUGGUGGAUGCUGAACCCGGAGGGCGGGAAGAGCGGCAAGUCGCCGCGACGCAGGGCAGCCUCCAUGGACAACAACAACAGCAAGUUUGCUAAGAGCAGAGGAAGAGCAGCUAAGAAGAAGCUGUCCCUGCAGGGCGGCCCUGACGGAGGCGCCGACAGUCCCGGCUCCUACUCCAAGUGGCCUGGCAGCCCCAACUCCCACAGCAACGACGACUUUGAUGCGUGGAACAGCUUCAGGCCCCGUACCAGCUCCAACGCCAGCACUCUGAGCGGCCGCCUCUCACCCUUCAUGCCCGAGGACGACCUCGGGGAGGCGGACGUGCAUAUGGGCUACCCGGGAGCCCCCGGGGCCAAGAUGACAGCCACGCUGCCCAGUCUCACGGAGAUGACGGGCUCUCUGGGGCACAGCUCUGAGAACGUCAUGGAGAACCUUCUGGACAACCUGAACUUGCUCUCGCCCAACAACUCUCAGGUUGGAGGAGGGGCGACGACCCCCUGUUCCUCCCAGUCCUCCCCCUCUCCGAUGAUGCAGCCCAGCCCCGGGUACCCCGCUUACAGCUCCCCCAGCAUGGUCCCGCAGCCUCAGCAGGAGUACCGCAAGUGUGUGUACGGCCAAGCGGGAAUGAACGCCCUGUCGUCCAUGCCGCUGCAGACGCUGUCAGAGAGUAAGCCCAACUUCGGGCCCAGUCUGGGCCCGUACAGCUGUCCGGCGGGGCUUCUGAAGGAGCUGCUGACGUCGGAUGCAGACCAGCACGGAGAGCUCAUGCCGUCAGUGGACACGGUGGUGUCUCAGUCCAGUGGAAGCUGUAUGCUGCCGCCAUACAGCAGCAGCCAGCACGCAGCUAAACUCAUGGGAGGAGUAAACGGUCAUCCACACGGUCUCUCUCACAGUCACCCCCACAAUGUGCACAGCCAAGCCACGGCCACGUCAUCGGCUAUGAACGGCCGCUUGCUCAUGUCCCUGAGCCACAGCGGGGGUUCCACGCGUUUGCCAGCAGCCAAAAAUCCUAUGCAGAUGCCUUAUGGCCUCUCCAGCCACCUCAGCGCAGGAGGCAUGCCCGGUGGCUUCUGCCCGCUCAACACCAACGGGUACGGCCGACCGGGCCUGCAGCAGCCCAUGCACCCGGAGAAGCUGCCCAGCGACCUGGACGACAUGUCCAUCGAGAAGUUUGAGUUCGACAUGGAGACGGUCCUCCAUGACACUCUGAUGGACGGGGACGUCCUGGACUUCAACUUUGAGCCAAUGGUGACCCAACAAGGUUUCUCUCAUGGAGUGAAGACCACCACACACAGCUGGGUGUCAGGGUAGAAACUGUGGUGCUGUUGCUGUUUGGUAAAAGGCACAAUCAGAACUCAUCUGAGACAAAAAAAAAGUGUAUCUUAGGAUGUUUAAUCCUCAACCCAACAACAUUUCUGUUUCAAAAAUACUCUUUGGAUCAUUUCAGCAGACUGAGACUGGUCGUGAUCAGCAUCUCCAUCAGAGCCCCUGAACUGGUGACGAUGAAAUCUGAAUUAUUUUUGAAAUAUCAAAUCAUUUGUACAAACCAAGUGCCAAACAUUUUGCCUUAACGUAAGAGCCAAACUGAAACACACCUCUCUGGUUUACUCACCAAGGUUGCAGUUACUAUACAGCGGUCGUGUCUGCCACUUUUGCAACUGCCAACUACAUCUCAUCAUCAUCAGCAGCAGCAGCACAAUCUGUAGAAGUGCACAAACUCACACCAUGAUGUUUACUGUGUUUCCACAAUCAAACUCUUUGUAUGUACAGAGUGGUGAUAAUUGAUUACCACUACGGACGAAUUAUGAAGGUAAUCUGGCUCAUGGGUUUGUGGACUGACAUGAUGUAAUGUGAGAGACUUCUCAAGGGAUCCUCGGAUGAUGUUACAUAAUAACUCACUUUGUUAUUGCCUGAUAUGUACAUAAUGGCAUCACACAGUUUGUAAAAUCAGGCCUCUUAGUGUAUUUUCUAAGACUGUAAAUAGUGUUUACAGAGCGGAAGGCAGCAGAAAUGAGCUCACGUUGAAAACUGGAUCCGAUUCUUUUAAACACACGUCGAGUGGAUAGGUCUGUGCUCGAGGUUUCUCUUCAGUCAGGCUGUAAAAUGGUAACACACUUUCUGAUUUAUUGUACAUACAUUAAGAAUGUAUAUUAAAAUGAUGUAGUAGAUGUUUACUGGAUUUAGUAUAUAUUUGAGACCUAAAUUAUUUGUGGUUAAUAUAGAUUUUAUGCUGGUGCAUAACGUGCACUCAGACAUCAGAAUAUUGUUCUGAGUCCUUCGUCACUCUGAACCUUAAUACCACAGAGGCCUAUUUAUUGUGCCUAAAAAAGUAGAUAUCGACUGCAGGCUUGAAGGGUUUUAUAUUGUAAAUGUCUACGGUCCAGAAGAUAUUCAAAUCCAGCAGUCUUGAAGAAAAGUACAGUGAAUUCUUUAUUUUCAGUUCCCUGCUUUCACUUUUUUUUUGUUCGAAGUCAAGAAGAAACUGUAGAUUCUUGUUGUUCCUGAACGCUUCGCCGCUAUGUGAAUGUUAAGAGGUCAAGGCAGGUUGGUGGAUAAAAGAUAUUCUCAUAGUCUAACACCUGCUAGAGAUUGUCAUUAAAGACACUGUGAGGAACCAGCCUGUCCCCUGUUCAGUUUCAGAAAAAAAAUUCUCAAAAGGUUAGCGUGACUGAUUUAAAUUAGUACAGUAUGAUUCCUUUUGGUCCAAAAGAGCCGUCUGAUGCUAUCAGUAGGAUCAGCUUUACCGCCCCUCCUACCUCUACCCAUCUCCACGUCUUUUUAAAUAUUUGAUAAAGUUAACAUGUGACUUCAUCUUCUUAAUAACAAGUCUAUUUCGAUUAUUUUUCGCCCCUGAAAAGCGCCACUAAGUGUUAAGUAUUUUAUCUAGCAUGUAUAUUUGCAUUUUUCUGACUUGCUUUUCCCACUCGUCGCUGUACUAACAUUGAGCUUGUCAGCCUGUCAGUGACUUAAUAUGCAGAGUCACAAAAUAGUGUACAAGACCGUGGCUACCUUUGUGAAGAUGGCGUCUGUAAACACGACUGCUUCUAAUGAAGUCGACUGGUUCGGUGGCUGAAAGACAAACUAAAACUGCCUAUUCUACAUUGGUGUUUAUUGCGUGAUUUAUCCAGAAAUCACAUAUAUGUCAGCGCGUGUCUGAUCUUGUGUUGUAUGCAGGUUUUUAUUUAAGUCAUACUACUAAUGAGUUCACCUCCAACCACGGGGGGAAAGCUCUUUAAUUGAGGUUUUGGUUAAAAUGAAAACUUGCAUACUCCGGAUCAGUAACAGCACAUGAUCUGACACCGCUGACGUAGAUUUUUCAGAAAGCCGGGGAGCGGGGCAGGUUUUAGAAGAGUAAAAUGACUUAACAUUUCAAAAGGCCGUUAAAGAAGCUGCUGUUUGGCUUUGGUGCCAGGUGUUGCCUUUUCUUACCCAAACAUGCCACAGUGUACUAUAGCCAAAUUUGCCUUUGAAGUCAAAGUGAUAUAUUUAGCAUUUUUAUCAUGUGAUAUGUUCAGAAUUAUAUAUAUUUGUGCCGGUCACUCAAGUCAGGAUAAACUGUAAUGAAUCCAUGUAGUCAGUGUCACAGGAUUCACUCUAAAAGUAAAAGAGCUGUACUAAGUAAAUUAUAUCUCUACAUUUUGAAAUGAUUGAAUCUAUGCAUUGUAUUCCUUAAUUUUAUGUUGCUAUUUUCCUUUUCUUUGAACUUAUGACAGAGAUAUUUUAUUGUAACAUAGCGCUGUGAGAUAUUAUGGUGUCGUUGUUGUCAAAACUCUAUGUUCCAGAUAGUUAUAUGGGAAAAAAAUGAAGUUUAUUUAGAAAAAUAGAUGAUGCAGUGAUUAAUAUGCUAAGCUUUUGUAAACUGACAAUGUUGUAUUUCUUGUAUGUAGCUACAGUUUUUAGAAAAUAGCAUCAAAAAGCAAAUUAUUGAAAAAAAAAAAUGGAAAGAUAUAUUGCAUUUUUAAAAUGGAAAACAUAAGAUUUAGUCUGUCGGAGAAGUCCUGCUCAGAACGCAGAUUCUGGACCAAUUUUUUGUAAUUUUAUGAGUAGAAAGAUAUUGCACUUUUACUUACAUUUUAUAACAAAGUGCUCCUCGUGACAAGAGGAAGAGUUCCCAUUACAUAUUUUAAAAUACAAAUCUGUUACAUUGAACUUAUAUACAGGAAUAAAUUGGAAUUGUGCUGUGUGAUUUGCAAUCAAUAAGAAUAUGUAACUCGUUCAAUAUUAAUGUAUUAAGACCUGAAUAAAUGUACUUCUGUGUUAAA